CGAUGACAAAAUUUCUUUCCUUCUGUUACGGAUGAGAUCGUCAUUUUUUUGUAACAGCGACAUAAACAACCAUUGACAAUGUGUGAAGUCAAAAUUAGACGGCGUUACAACAAUCAAUUCGUGGAAGAGCUCAACUCGCCUAUAGGCAGCUACAAAGAAUACGAUGCAUCGGAAAGUCCGGAGGAAGUCAUCUCUGAAGGAAAUGACAUCGAUGAAAGUUGCGACGUCCAUUCAAUGACUCCAGAAUCAUCGGCCAAGUCAACGAUGUCGAGCGAUCGACUGUCAAUUAACUUCGACGAUAGCAUGUUGGGAGGUGCAUGGAAGAGCUUGCAUAAGCAAUAUUACGGACUAAAGAAAUUCAAGAAUAAGGCGAUGCAGAUGGAUUAUAGGGAUAGCGAUUGUCAGACGCUACCGUGGGAACCGCCUUACACGAUCAAACCUGGCCACGAGCCGGAAGUGUUGACGUUGACCCACUUGACGUGGGGCAAGGGUCUGCCGGCGGGUGCGCACGAGAUCGAGCUAAUCAACAGGAUGCGGAUGAGGCGCGCAUGGGAGCGCUUGCUGCCCCCGAUGGAUACGCCGGCCAACGCGAAGACCCGCGUCGAGAUUCUGUCGGCCCUCGAGGCCGAGGAAUGGGCUUUCAGGGAGGCGGAAAUACAAGUGGUCAUGGACCUGCGCAUGAAGCUCGCGCAAGAGUUCAUGGAGUCCCGAGAGAGCGAGAAGCAGCGAAUCCGCGAUGCGAGACUCGCGUGGCUCGACGAGCAGCUGAGCGAACGCAAGCAGCGCGAAGUCAAGGCCGCAAGGACCAAGUGCUCGCGAGAGCUGCGCAAGCUGAGGCAGCGCUCGGCCAAAGCGCGACCCGGCAAGCGAGACGAGGCCGAGUUCCGCGCCUGCUCGCGGUGGAAGCACCAGGCGCGCCGCAAGUGGCCGAGCGCAGCCGAGUCGCGGCCGCGCGGUGAGCCACGUUCGGAAUCGGCUCGAGACAAGGGGCAACCGCUCCCUUCGACGGAUUCCGAGGUGGAGGAGCAGUACCGCCGCUGGCUGUCGCUGUCGUCGGUGCGCAAGCAGAGCGCGCCCGCCGAGUCGUCCGUCAAGCUGUGCCCGCGAGUGCAGCGUCGCAACGAGAGCAACUUCGCGCAGCUCUCUCGGGCCCUGGAGGCGAUCGCAGCCGAGCGCGACGAGGCGGCCGCGGCGGCUUGCGGCCUGCUCAGGCGCAAGCCGAGGCUGCCGUCGCUGCCGCCGACGCCGUCGCCGCCCGAGCGCUCGCAGGAGGCCGGCGACGCCGACGACGAGGCCGAUCGCUCGGCGAGCUUGCUGCGAAGACUCGUCAAAGGGCGCGCCCUGCAGUCGGAGAUCCUGGAGGGGCGGAGUCGCUGCAAGGAGCUGAUCGAGGAGUUGCGGUCGGCGCGGGCGCUCGAGAGAGCAGCCGCGGACGCGGGCCCGGCGGCGCGUCCCUCGCGGGACUCGAACCCGGAGCGCGCUCGCGAGAUACUGGCGGCGAUCGAGGGCAAGACCGUGGCGACGACGCUCGUCUUCCUGACGGACGAGCUGACGAGACUGCUGGCCGAGAAGCGAGCUCACGCCGCGGCUGUUCUGGCCGAGAGGGAGGCGACGAUGCGGUGGAUCGCGCGUGCGAGUGACGAGCGGCUGCAGCUGAAUCGGCGCGACGAGCUCGACGAGAUGUACCGGCAGAUCUUGAAGAUCGGCCAGGAGUCGGUCGAGCCGUACCUCGAGGAGAUUUUCAACCGGGGCGUCGAGUGGUCCUCGGCCAAGGCGGCCGAAGACCACGUGGUUCGACUGGCCGACGAGGCGGACGAGCUCGCGAGCCACGCGCGAGGCUUCGACGGCGAAGGCCUGGUGGCCGACAUGCUUUACGGCUCGCUGCUGCGCGAAGUGGAAAAGGAGUCGGCGAGACGCGGACUGCGCGAGAUUCAGCAGGGCUAUUUGCGCGCGGCUCGCGCGUCCGUCUACGACGCCACGCCGAUUUCUUAACGGUAUAAAACGCGCCCGUCGUUUCAACGGUUGCGACUGUUCGCGCGAGUCUUUUUGCGCCCGCCAAUGGCUGGAUGCAUCGUCAACUGGGACAAUCGGUCGAGACUCUGGCGCGAGUUCCGUCGACUGAGCUUGGAUCAUGUUUCGCUGAUAAUAAUGUUGACUUUAGUUUAAACCGUAUAUUUUGACUGAUUUGACGAAAAUUCUAUUUGUUGGUAGAUGCUCGAACUAUAUUUGUAGCAGUAAAUCUUGAAAUAACGCAA